UCCUUGGCUAGCUCCCUGCCCUCUGCUUUCAAGGACUCGAGUCUCCCAGAAAUUACAAAGCCCAGAAGAAGAGCGCGCGCGCGAGAGAGAGAGAUAGAAACUCGAAAACUGCAAUUGCAGGAGGUGUGAAAAGAUCUAAUAAUAGAAUCAUUUUAUGUUUUCGGAUUUGGAGAGAUCAAACUCUCUCCUGAUUUAAAUCUUCAAUGGCGUUUCGAAGAGCAAACAUUCUCUUUCUGUUAUGCGCUCUAUCGUACGCUCUCAUCGCCGUUGCAGGGGAAAGCUAUUACGAUAUAUUGCAAGUGCCGAGGAGCGCAUCGGACGAACAGAUCAAGAGAGCCUAUAGAAAGCUGGCAUUGAAGUACCAUCCUGAUAAGAAUCCGGGAAAUGAAGAGGCUAAUAAGCGAUUUGCUGAGAUUAACAAUGCGUACGAGGUGUUAUCGGACAACCAAAAGAGGGAUAUCUACAAUAAGUAUGGAGAAGAAGGGCUUAAGCAGCACAUGGCUAGUGGAGGGAGAGGUGGUGGAAUGGGGAUGGACAUUAGCGACAUUUUCAAAAAUUUCUUUGGUGGAGGAGGUGACAUGGAAGAGGAAGAGAGAAUCGCGAAGGGUGAUGAUGUAAUUGUUGAAUUGGAUGCGACACUAGAAGACUUGUACAUGGGUGGCUCACAGAAGGUUUGGAGGGAAAAAAAUGUUAUAAAGCCAGCGCCUGGUAAAAGACGCUGUAACUGCAGAAAUCAAGUCUAUCAUAAGCAAAUUGGUCCAGGGAUGUUUCAGCAGAUGACAGAGCAGGUCUGUGAUCAAUGCCAAAAUGUCAAAUAUGAACGAGAGGGAUAUUUUAUUACAGUUGAUAUUGAGAAAGGCAUGCAAGAUGGACAAGAGGUGGUUUUCUACGAAGACGGUGAACCAAUAAUAGAUGGGGAGCCUGGAGAUUUGAGGUUCCGUAUUCGUGCAGAACCCCAUGAUCACUUCAGAAGGGAAGGCAAUGACUUGCACACAACUGUGACCAUCACACUGGUUCAAGCACUUGUUGGUUUUGAGAAGACCCUUAAACACCUCGAUGAACAUUUAGUGGACAUCAGCACAAAGGGAAUCACUAAGCCCAAGGCAGUAAAAAAGUUCAAAGGUGAAGGGAUGCCACUGCAUUCUAGUACAAAGAAAGGUGAUCUUUAUGUCACAUUUGAGGUUCUUUUUCCCAACUCACUAACAAAAGACCAAAAGACGAAGAUCAAGGAAAUUCUUGGCUAGGUUAUAGAAUCGAAUUCUUUUCUUGGGUUGCAAAACGUUCCCCAUUGUAACAUGAGAAUGUUAUAUAGAAUUGCAGAAAGACGCGAGGCUUUUGUUUUCGUUCCUUGUCAAGUAGCAGCAUACAAAUUAAUGGAACUCCUUUUUGCCUAAUUGAGCUUUAAUUUUCCUUGUUUUUCAAGUGGAAUGUUUUGUUAGAAGUGCAAUAGAAACUGAAAUCAACGAGGAAUUGCUGUUGGUUUUUUCCCA